GAAAAGUUAAGGUGGGUCCUUGAUCACUUUUAAUCUCAUGUUUACUACUUAUGAAUUGCGUUUUAGAAAAGAAUUGAUCCGGUACAUCUCAUUAGUGUUUAUCUUCAAUUAGAAUUGAUUCAAGGGUGAAGAUCUCUUUUUGCCCUUCUCACCAUAACUUGCAUUCUCAUCGGAACUCAAACGUUGUUUCAAUAUUUUCUAUAGAUGUAUUAUCCCCUUCCCCAAACAAAAAGGAAAUGUAUCGGUCAAUCUUAAAAGUAAGCUCAACUGAUAAGCGUUUCACUCCAGUCAUCAAUUGAAUCCUCUCUUAGAUCACAUAAGGGUUUGUCUGAUUGUUAACUUCAUGACUCGAUUAAUUAUUCUAGGUGAGCUCAAGCUGACUCGAAGAUUAAAAGAAGUGUUGUAGGUUACAAAAUAAACAUGACUUUAUUGAUUCCGAGUAAUUAUUGAUUUUUUUUUAUAUUUUUUAAAAAAAGAAUAUGAAAUACAGUAAUAAUCUUAGGUACAAGUAUGUGAUGCGUGUGUGAAAUAAGCCGAAUUCCUAAGAACACCACGCCUUCAUCUCCGGUUCACACAUACCAUCUACACCAGGACCGAUCAACUCUGAAGCUCACAGCCAUGGCGUCCAUGGCGUCAUCAUCACCAACUAUCUAUAGCUCCAUUCAUCACAAAACUAAAGUCAAUGAGAUCAAAACUAGAACCCGUUGGUUCAUAUCUUCUUCAUCCAAGAGCAACAACUCCGACGAUCAACAACAAGUAACUCGAAGGGAAAUUGUAUUGAGGAGCAGCGAACUUGCAGUUCUUGGUGCCAUUUUUCACUUCAGUGGAAAUAAGCCCAAUUACCUUGGUGUACAGAAGAAUCCUCCUGCUUUAGCUUUAUGCCCUGCAACAAACAAUUGCAUUUCGACUUCUGAGAAUAUCAGUGACAAUGUCCACUAUACACCACCUUGGAACUAUAAUCCAAAAGAAGGACGUGGAAGCAAGAAACCCGUGAGUAAAGAAGUAGCAAUGGAGGAGCUUCUCGAAGUGAUAAAUUCAACAAAACCGGACAAUUUCACGCCAAGGGUAACAGAGAAGAAAGACGAUUAUAUACAUGUGGAGUAUGAAAGCCCAAUUUUAGGGUUUGUGGAUGAUGUUGAGUUUUGGUUCCCUCCUGGAAAGAAACCACUUGUACAAUACCGAUCGGCAUCACGCAUUGGGAUCGGUUUCGAUGCCAAUAGAAAGAGAGUCAAGGCAUUGCGUGUAGCGUUGGAGAAGAAGGGUUGGGCUUCUGAAGGUGACUUCUGACAUGGCUUCAGUUUCUGUUUUACGACAAGCUCCAUGAAGAUGGAUAACCGUGUAAAGGAAGUUGCAUGCGACUUGUGUCGAGCUCCACGUUUUGGAUUUUACAGUUCCUUUUUGUUUUAUGGAUACCAGAUGAGUUUGUUUUUGUUGGAGCUUUUCUUGGUGGAAUGUUUUGUUUUCUUGAAAGGCAAA